UUUGGACUGUAUGUGUAUGCCUUCCAUAUCCAACAUUACAGAACAACAAUUUAAUCUGAAGUCAAAAUACGCAACAGGCACUAGCUGAUCAAUUUGUACCAAAGCCAAAGGAAAUUCCAAAUCAUAUGAUGCAAUUCUUGAGGCAACAUGCAAGCUCCAAAUCAUAAUGAUGCAAUUCUUGAGCCUAUAACAAUAAUCAAUAUGCAGCAAGUGCCAACUGAUAGAUUUAUCCUAAAGCCACAGGCAAAUCAUAUGAUGCAAUCCUCGAGGCAAAACGUGAGCUCCCAGCCAUCAUCGUAGAACAACAAUUCAACUCCUAAAGUUGCGGCCAAAAUGCCUCAAACAACAAUCUCAUAUCUUGAUGAUAUCAGUUUCCACCCAGAAAAGUCCAAGGUAGCUCAGGUAUUAGCAAGUACUUCAAUUACAUACUUUGAAUAUGCAACUGUCCGGUUCCAGCUGUAAGAAGAUCAAAUAUCAAAAUCUUAAAUUGCAUUUACUAUUUCAGUCCAGCUGAUAGAUAUAUGUUACCUCCACUAAUGUGGAUGUAAUUUUCUCAACUGCAAUUAAUUCUUGUAUGAUUUUUUUAAAAAAAUCUUUUGUUCAUCAUAAUUGUUUAGCUCACCAUUUGCUUUAUUACAUUAAAACCAUGGGACCAUUCUUUGACCUUUUUCCAACAAACUUGCAUUUAUGUGUCAUUACUCUAUUCCACAAAGUUAUCAUCGAAUUCCUGAGACUCGAAAAUUCUGGCAGAAACUGUUUAGUAAUUCUGCAUUUGCAAGAAAAUGGCGGAUUCUUGUCUGAAAUCCAAGUGGGUUUUCUUUAAUCUUGUGUAUUGGAUUCUUGUUUUGUGCAUGAGCACUAGCUUGGAAUCUGCAAGAGCAGCUACACUUGGAAAUGAGACCGACAGACUUGCUUUACUCGACUUCAAGAAUCUCAUAACUCAAGAUCCUCUUCGAAUAAUGAGUUCUUGGAAUGAUUCUGUCCAUUUCUGCGAUUGGGUUGGUGUAUCUUGCACUAUAUCUAAUGACAGGGUAGCAAUCUUGGACCUGGAAUCAAGAAGAUUAGCUGGCUCUAUACCACAUUCUAUAGGUAACCUCACCUAUCUUACAGGCCUCAACUUGAAGAACAACAGCUUCUUCGGCCAACUUCCUCAAGAAAUGGGUCGUUUAUUGCAGUUGCAGCAUAUGAAUUUGACCUACAAUUUCUUUAGUGGGAAAAUUCCAACCAAUCUCACUUACUGUAAGGAACUUAGAGUAAUUGAAGCAUCUGGCAACAACUUAGUUGGGGAAGUUCCUGAACAGCUUAGCUCGUUGUCUAAGUUAGUUGUCUUUGCUUUUGGAGAGAACAAUCUUACAGGAACCAUCCCAACUUGGAUAGGGAACUUUUCUUCUCUCUUUGCUAUUUCACUCGCCGUGAAUAAUUUUCAUGGGAACAUACCUAACGAGUUUGGUAGACUGAAAAAUUUGGGCUUUUUUCAACUUUAUGGCAAUUAUCUUUCAGGUUUGUUCCCUUCUUCAAUUUAUAAUAUCUCUUCCAUAUACUUUUUUUCUGUUAGUCAAAACCAGCUUCAUGGCCGAAUACCGUCAGAUAUUGGCAUAACUCUUCCUAAACUGAGAAUCUUUGCUAUUGGUGCUAACAAUUUUACAGGGUCUAUUCCUGUAUCAUUCUCAAAUGCUUCUGAACUUCAGGUUCUUGAUUUUUCUCGAAAUGGUUUUACUGGGAAUUUUCCUGAGAAUUUACAAAGAUUGAAAGGCUUACUUAGACUUUAUUUUGAUUUAAACAAUUUGGGAAGUUGGGAAGUUGAUGGCUUGAAUUUUCUAAUUUCUUUGUCUAAUUGCACCAGUUUAGAGGUGUUGGGUCUGUCAAACAACCAUUUUGGAGGACAAUUGCCUAGCUCCAUUGGUAACCUUUCAACCCAGUUACAGAUUUUUACUUUAGGCCAAAAUCUGAUUCGUGGGAGCAUUCCUAUUGGGAUUAAGAACCUAGUUAGCUUAUCCCUUUUAGGAUUAGAAGGUAAUUUUCUUAGUGGAAAUGUUCCUGCUGUUCUGGGGAACCUGCAGAACCUCGAAGGUCUGCAUCUAAACUAUAACAGAUUCUCUGGAUCAAUCCCAUCGUCCUUAGGUAACUUGACUAGAUUAACUAGGCUUUUUAUGGAGGAAAACAGGUUUGAAGGCAGUAUACCUUCAACUCUAGGAAACUGUCAAAAUCUUCAAAAUCUAAACCUUUCGAGUAAUAAUCUUAAUGGAAGCAUACCCAAAGAGGUUAUUGGUCUUUCUUCCCUCUCAAUUUCUUUGGUCAUGUCUCACAAUUUCCUAACUGGUUCUAUACCGUCAGAAGUAGAUAACUUAGACAAUCUUAUGGAGUUGGAUUUGUCGGACAACAAAUUGUCUGGUGAAAUUCCUAGCUCCAUUGGCAGUUGUAUUAGUUUGGAAUUCCUGCAUUUAGAAGGAAAUGAAUUUGGAGGAAUAAUUCCUAAAUCUUUAGAAAAUCUAAGAGGUAUAAUGGAACUGGAUCUUUCGAGCAAUAACUUGUCAGGGAAAAUUCCUGAAUUUCUCAGCGAGUUAUUGUCUCUCAGGCAUCUGAAUCUUUCCUAUAAUAAUUUUGAUGGAGAGGUGUCAACAAAAGGUAUAUUUGCAAAUGCAAGUGCCAUUUCCAUAGUUGGAAAUGAUAAACUCUGCGGAGGUACGGUAGACUUACUUUUGCCUACAUGCUCGAACAAAAAGCAAGGGAAAACUUUCAAGAUAGUCAUCCCUGCAGCAAUUGCAGGUGUUUUUGUCAUUGUUGCAUCAUGUAUUGUUGCCAUUUUCUGCAUGGCAAGGAACUCGAGAAAGAAACAUUCUGCUGCACCUGAAGAAUGGCAAGUGGGUAUAUCUUACACGGAACUUGCAAAGUCAACUGAUGGUUUCUCUGCUGAAAAUUUGAUUGGUUUGGGGAGUUUUGGUUCGGUAUACAAAGGAGUACUGUCUGGUAAUGGAGAAAUCGUUGCGGUUAAGGUCUUGAAUCUUCAACAGCAAGGAGCUUCAAAGAGUUUUAUCGAUGAAUGCAAUGCAUUGAGAAGCAUACGCCAUCGGAAUCUCAUUCGAAUCAUCACCACCUGCUCAAGCAUUGAUCAUCAAGGCAAUGACUUCAAAGCUCUUGUGUUUGAGUUCAUGGCAAAUAGAAGUUUGGAUGACUGGUUGCAUCCUAAAGCAGAUGAGCAAGAUAGAACUAUGAGAUUGAGCUUUAUCAAGAGACUGAACAUAGCAAUUGAUAUUGCUUCUGCAUUGGAUUAUCUUCAUCACUAUUGUGAAACUCCAAUUGUUCAUUGCGAUCUAAAGCCAAGCAAUGUACUUCUCGAUAAAAAUAUGACAGCCCAUGUUGGUGAUUUUGGAUUGGCAAGGUUCCUCCUUGAAGCAUCAGAAACUCCCUUCAAAAGAACUGAAGCAAUGUCAGUUAGCUUAAAGGGUUCAAUUGGCUACAUUCCUCCAGAGUAUGGAUUGGGUGGCCAAGUCUCUAUUUUUGGAGAUGUUUACAGUUAUGGGAUACUAUUGCUGGAGAUGUUUACUGGAAUAAGGCCGACUGAUGACAUGUUCACAGAUGAUAUAAGCAUUCACAAGUUUGUUGCAAUGGCUUUGCCUGAACAUGUCAUGGGUGUUAUUGACUCAACAAUGCUUAUAGAGGAAGAAGAAGAAGAUGAAGAUGAUGAUAAUAAGACAUGUAGAGAUGACAUAGAAGAAAAAGACAAUGAUGCCCGUAUAUCGAAUACAAUUGAAAUAGAGAAAUGCCUGGUAUCAAUAAUAAGCAUUGGACUUUCCUGUUCUUCGAGAUCGCCUGGAAAGCGAAUGACUAUGGACUUGGUUGUCAACAAAUUGCUUGAUAACAGAGAUUCAUUUCUUAGAUCAAAGAACAAAAGUAGAAGAAGUGUGUAAUAGAUGUUAACCAAAGAUGGUGUCAAAGCUCCUCCAGGAGCUGGAGGGGCCCAUAUUUGACAACUGCAAUUAUCAGCACAAAACCUUAUAUAUUUUUUAAAAAGUCAACUGCAGUAUAAUUAUUAUAUUUUAUAAAUUAAAA